AAAUAACUUUCUGUCAGAAAGCACACGCCGAGCUGGUGGCACGAGACGAAUGCAAUUGCAGACGCGCGCGUGCAGAUAUCUUCGUAAUCUCCUGUCCCGAAUGUGCGCUAAACGUGGAUUUCUUGCGACGUUUGCGUUGCCACAUCGUCGAAAGAAUGCACUCCUUCUUAGCAUUUUGAUUUUUCAUGUGCCACGUCGCCACGAGCGCAGACAACAGCGUAACGUCAUGAAUAUUAACAAGUUUCGUAAUUACGAGUCAUGUGUGGGAGCAAACGCGUGGAAUCGGGAAUGCGUAUUAGCAUUAUUGUCGCUCGCGUUAACAUCGAUUUUGCCUGUAGCAGUCGAAUCUAACACGCGUACGUGGCCGUAAACAUGAUCGUCAGGAUCUGUCUCUUGGUUUGCACGGUAGGCGCGAGUGUCGGCGUGUACACCACGAUCAGCAGUAAAGCCAACAACGUUACAUUCAAGUACACGAAUGGAGUCGAGGGGGAGAGCGAUCUGCAUCACUGCGCGCCUCACGAAGUGUGCAACGUGGUUCACGAUCGGUUUUGGAUGCCCAGUUUAACGGAGAGACUUUGCCACUGUGCCAACGGCAGAGAAUGCCCGUGGCAAUGGACGAAAACGCUCGACAACUCGACUGUCUCGCUCAAUAACAGAUCCGUUUUAAAGUUUUGCACGCAGGUAGCGGAACUGGAAACGUGCGCGCAUAGACAAGAGGCAGCGACAGUGCACGGGGAAGGUGACACGAGCAAUAAUUACAUAAUACCGUAUAACGUGACGGUGAACUGCGCGUGUCCGCAAACGCAUUACUGGAAACUGCAAAGGUACACGUACGCGGAGAGCGGACUCGUUCAAGUGUUCAAGUGUGUCAGGAAGCGGAUGUGCGAGGCUUUAGAGUUUUGCGGCUACAUACGGGCUGACCUGUACUCGACGUAUUACAGGUGCACGUGCCCGGAGAGACAUUUCUGCAUCUUUAAGAAUACGAUACGAGUAAAUGUGCAAGAAUUGCUCUACUCUGGGCCUGCUUACAUGGCGUACUGUUAUCGUUUGUGAAGAACAAGAGAGAAAUUGUUGACAACGUAACAAAAUUCCUUCGACGCGAUCUAAUACCUAGAGCGUGCACUUGAAAAAAUUUGUUAUUAAAGUAGGUAUUAAAGGCUAAAGCUUAU